AUGGUUUCAUUUAGAGACAUUCAAGCUUCCAAUGCUCUUAUCAGCGAUGCUAAUGCCCCGCGUGUCGCUGUCUUUGUUGGUGGGACGUCAGGGAUUGGGAAGUUUACCCUGAAAGCUUUGGUUGAGAAAGGGACUAGUUUCAGAGUCUAUCUUGUUGGUAGGAAGAGUGGAAAGGAGAGCAGUGAUGUUUUCAUUCAGGAGAUGAAUGCUAUUAAUCCCAAGGCUGAAAUCAUUUGGAUUGAGGGCGAAGUCGCACUCCUUUCCGAGACGAAGAGAGUUUGCGAGAUUAUCAAAAGCAAAGAGAAGACUAUUGAUCUUGUCUUUAUCACUCUGGGCUAUGCCCCUUUUACCGCUCGGAAGAAUACCAUCGAAGGUUUCGAUGCAUCCCAGACGCUGCGAUACUACACCCGGAUACUUUUCAUUCAACAUCUCCUCCCCCUCCUCAACCAGUCAGAAAGUCCGAGAGUCGUCAGCGUCUUGGGUGGCGGUAUGGAACGCUCAAACAUUGACCUCGAAGACAUUGAUCUAAACAAGCCCGGCAAUUUCAACGUCGUGAGUACGCACACACAAGCCGGAGCCAUGAACACCCUAUUCCUGGAACAUCUCGCCAACCAGAACCCCAACGUGACUUUUCUUCACUCUUGUCCUGGCUGGGUCAACACGGGAAAUGUCAGAAGAGGUUUGGAUUCUGGUUCGUUUCUGUCUUGGACUAUUUGGCUUCUUCUUGAACCGCUUAUUGCUAUUUUCUCAUUCAGCGAUGAGGAGUCUGGGGAGAGAAACUUGUUUGCAAGUACCAGUGCUGCUUUUGGUGGGAGAGGUACGCCGUGGGAAGGCAAAGUGGGAGUGAAUUCUUAUGGAAAACAAGAGAAUGGCUUGUUUCUUGUCACGAGCAAAUGUGAUUGUACGCUGAAUGAGAAGACGGUAGGGAUUCUACGAGAAACGGCUUUGGAACGAGUUGUUGAGCAUACUAACGAAGUCUUGGGAUCUUAUCUGUGA